AUGGCCGAGGUGUCGGAGCUCCUGGCCGCGGUGUGCGAGGCUCACAGGCUGCCAUUGGCGCAGGCCUGGGUGAGCUGCAGGAGCUGCGGCGGCGGCGACGAUGCCUCGGGGUCGGGGCAGGGCAGCCUGACGACCGCCGGCGCGCCGUUCCGCCUCGCCACCGGAGCGGACGUGGGUGGCUUCCGCGACGCCUGCGUCGAGCACCACCUGCGGCGUGGCCGGGGGCUCGUCGGCACGGCGGCGGCCGCCGGUGGCCCACCCGGCGGCUUCUGCGCCGACGUCGCCCGGUGCUCCAAGGACGCCUACCCUCUCGCGCACUACGCUCGCCUGUACGGCCUCGCGGGGUGCCUCGUGCUCCGCGCGGCGGCCAUGGCGGACGCCGGCGCCGGCGCCGGCGGCGAUGAAGAGGAAUGCGUCGUGCUGGAGCUCUUCCUCCCGCCGGACUGCACCGGCGUCGCGGAGCAGAAGGCGGCGGUGGAUGCCGUCUCUGCCACGAUCAACGCGUGCUCCGGCGACCUGAAAGCCAUAGCGAUCAGCAACUUGGAAGAUCUGUUCUUGGAUAGCGUAGCAGAUGGUGAUCAGCAGCUAAGGCAUGAAAUGGAUGAUCUUGGAGACGAUCAAAGAUGUUCAGAUGAGGAUGAUCUGCUGCUGGCUGUGGAGAACGCAACCAUCGGAGAGCUUAAAAUUCAGAGUGAAGAUCAAAUCAGAGGUGAGGUUCAUGGAUCACAAGCUGGCAAGAACAAGACGAGAAGAGGAAAAACGGAGAAAUCCAUCACUUUGGAGGAGCUGCAGAAGUACUUCUCUGGGAGCUUGAAGGAUGCUGCAAGAAGCCUUGGUGUGUGUCCAACAACAAUGAAGCGCAUCUGCAGGCAGCAUGGCAUCCCAAGGUGGCCGUUUCGGAAGAUCAGCAAGGUGAACCGCUCGCUCGACAAGAUGAAGCGCGUCAUGGAAUCCGUGAACUGCUCGCCGUCGCCGCCGGUGGCCAUGCCUGCUCACCCAGCUCUUCUUCUUCCUCCUCCUCCUGCUCCUGCUCCGCCGCCUCCACCGCGGCCAUGCCUGUCGAGCACUCUAGGAGAGGCCUCCUCCCACGGAUCAUGCCAGGCGCCUCCUCCCGCCAAAGCCGCCGCGCUGGCGAGACCUCCGCGGCGCGGCAAUGGCGACGGCGUGGUGACCAUCAAGGCCAGCUACAGAGGCGACAUCGUCAGGUUCAGGGUGCCGUGCUCCGCCGGCGUCGCGGCGGUGAAGGCGGAGGUGGCCAAGCGGCUGAGCCUGGACGCCGGCGGCUUCGACGUCAAGUACCUGGACGACGACCAUGAGUGGGUGCUGCUGUCCUGCGACGCCGACUUCCAGGAGUGCCUCGACGUCGUCCCGGCGUUGCCGUCGAUGUCGGCGGCAGCGGCGGCGAAGUCUGGCUCCGGCGCGGCGGUCCAGGUGGUGAGGCUGAUGGUCCAGGAGGUAGCUGACAACAUCGGGAGCUCCUGCGCUAGCUCAGAUUAG